AUGAAAUUCGUUAUCGUUUUUGCUGCCCUCAUCGCUGCUUCAGUCGCUGCUCUUCUCCCAGGCGCCACACAAGAGGCACAAGCCACCAUUGUCAGCCAGCAAGCUGACAUCUCCCCAGAUCUCCGUACAUACUCAUACUCAUCACAAACCAGCAAUGGAAUCGCCGCUUCAGAACAAGGUCAAUUGACUCAACCACGUUCAGCUGACGAAACCGCUGCCUACGCCACACAAGGAGAAUUCUCCUGGACCGCACCAGAUGGCCAACACUUUUCAGUUCAUUACACCGCUGAUGCUUCAGGUUUCCAUCCAGAAGCCGCUCAUUUGCCAGUUUCCCCAGUUGCUUAG